AUGUGUUUGACUUUCUUUUUGCUUGAUUUCCGACAGAAACAGAUCAGAGAUGGAUUAGAUCGAGAGAAAGAGGAAAAAGGAAAAAAAAACCAAACAAAAAGGAAAGGUUGAGAUCUGAAGGAAGGAAGAAAGAAGAAAAAAGAAGGUGGAAGCAGAUAACAUGUCUGCGAUUGUUUGCGGUAGCAAGAGAUCUCUGUUCGAGGAUUUGUCCGCCGCUUCUUCUUCGCCUCCCGUCUCCAAGAAACUCCGUUACUUUUCAUCCUCUUCUCCGCCUCGUUUUCCCCCUCCUCCUGCCUCCUCCUCGCUUCUCCUCGAUCACCUCGCCGCGAUUUUCCCCGAUAUGGAUAAUCAGAUUCUUGAGAGGGCAAUUGAGGAAUGUGGAGAUGAUAUCGAUUCUGCGAUUAGAUGUUUGAAUCAGCUUCGUUUAGAAUCAACCAAUAAGAACUCAGAACCAUCGAUCCAAGAAGAAGCUAAAGUUGAAGCUCCUCAGCAAGGGAAGGAGGAAGAAGUCUUGAACUUGGAUGGCGCCGAGUGGGUUAACCUCUUUGUCAGCGAGAUGAUGAGCGCUUCAGACAUGAAAGACGCUAAAGACCGCGCUGCAAGAGCAUUAGAAGCUUUGGAGAAGUCCAUCAACGCACGUGCCGGUGCAGACGCGGCGAUGCAGAGCAGUCUCCAGCAGGAGAACUCGAUGUUGAGGCAGCAGUUGGAAGCUAUCGUCCAGGAGAACGGUUUGCUUAAACGAGCGGUGGUGAUGCAACAGAAGCGGCAGAAAGAGAGUGAUGAUCAAAGCCAGGAGUUGCAGCAUCUGAGGCAAAUGGUUGCUCAGUAUCAGGAACAGGUGAGGACUCUUGAGGUGAAUAACUAUGCUCUCACGCUUCAUCUGAAACAAGCGCAGCAGAACAAUAGUUCUAUCCCGGGAAGGUUUCAUCCUGACGUGUUCUAAUGUGUUUGUCAGUAAGAGGAAUGCUUAUCUAAUUUCAGUUUCCAAUGUUUGUUGUAUGUUGUUCUUCGUUGGUUUGUGACUAUUUAUAUAAAUACAUGAAUUAUGGAAUGAUUUAUAGUUGGGGAAUAACAGUGUGUCCGAAGCAGUUGUAUU